GAUGUUGUUGUCGAAUGAUUACCAGGUGAACUCGUUGAGCUCGAUGCCGAGUGGGAGCAAGAAAAGUGGCCUGGAAUUAGUUUCUGAUGACUUAUCAAAUGCUAAAGGAAAAGGCAAAAUGGAACAAUCCCCGUGCCGGAGAACCAUCGUUAACAGUGAAUCAUAUAUGCCGACGGUGAUGGCCGUGCUAGAUGAAUUAUACCGCAUCUUCAAAAGAUGCCAUUGACAGCUAGAGCCAAAAAUUGGAGAGAGUUGUGAAAGCUAUGAUAGCUGAAUUUGAAGGAUGUAGGCUAUAUAUAAUGAAAAUAUCGAAAAAUAUCAACGGUAGCUUACCAGAAGUGGCAAAGGGGAGGUUGGUGAAUGCACACAAUUGGUUAGAUGGCUUCCUACAAAGAUUGGAAAACUCAAGGGAGGACGUUAAACAAAUCUCCAAAGAUCUGAAAAACACAAGGAACCUUGAUGAAGUCUUCAUUAAGAAUAUGGAUUACAGCCCAGAGGAUCUAAGAGAAAAGUACCAACAUGGAGUGAAUCAGCAAUUGUCACCCUGUGACAACCAGGUGAACUCAUUGGGCUCAAUGCCGAGUGGGAGCAAGAAAAGAGGCCGAGAAUUAGUUUCUGAUGGCUCAUCAAAAGCUAAAGGAAAAGGAAAAAUGAAACAGCCGAGGGGCAGGACCAUUGUUAACGGCAAAUCAGCACCUUCCAUUAAAGCAGUGCUAGUGAGUUAUGAAGAGCAUAUCAAGGGGAUAUCUGUGGAGACAAGUGUGAAAAAUUUGACAGAUCGAGUCCUCAAAAGGAUUGAGAGCGUGUUGGCCGUGCUAGGUGAAUUACACCUCAUCAAAAACAUGCCAUCAACAGCUAGAGCGGAAGAAUUGGAGAGAGUUGUGAAAGCUAUGAUUGCUGAAUGUGAAGGAAUUAAGCUAUAUACGAGGAAGAAAGCGGACGAUUACAAGAACAAUAGCUUAACGGCAGAAGCGGCAAAGGAAAGGUUGGUGGAUGCACACUAUUGGUUAGAAGGCUUCCUACAGAGAUUGCAAAACGCGAGGGAGGAGGUAAAACGAAUAUGCCGGGAUCUGGAAAAAGUAGAGAACCUUGUUCCAAUCUUCAUUGAUAACAUGGAUCACACCACCCCAGAGGAACUAAGAGAAAAGUUGGCUUCUGUAUUACCAUUUGAUAUCGAAGAACUUGAUCAAAAUUAAGAUCAUGGAAGCUUAUCAACUCCGGUUGAUUUACGCUCUAAAUUGCCGGGGGCUUGGUUUCCAUAUUUUCUUCCCUCUGUCUGUUGUUUAUGGAUUUUGGUAUCUGAACUCGUACGUUUCUCUAUCCUAAGUGCAUGUGUGGUGGUUUUCGGUAUCUGAACUCUUUAAUUCGUAAUUUCUUUUGGGUACUCUUUUCCCCUUAUAGGUUUAGAAGGGGUUUUUAACGAGGCCCUUUGUUCAAAGAAAAAAGACUGUAAUUCGAAUCUUAUUCGUGUAUUGGGUUGUAUUGUAAUCGUAUUUGUAUUGUAAUCUUAUUGGUGUGUUUUUAUGGAUUUUAGUAUCUUAUUCGAA